CUGGCAAACGCCCGCUGAAAGAUCCCGUGGUGCUUGAGACUCUUUAAGUCUUGACCUAUUUCCACUUGAUCGCCCCCCCUUUAUGUAAACGUGACUUAGAAUUCCACAACGAGCUCCGAACAAAACGUUUAACUUCCCGUCGCCCGGGUUGGCAGCGCUGGUUGGGAAUCAGUGGCCCAUUAGGUUCCAAUUUCUUCUCCGGCUUAUGAGAUAUCCGAACUGUUUACUUACUGUCUUCUCUAGCUAGGAAUAUCCAGUCGGCCUCUAGUGCCGGUGAGAAUGUGACUGUAGCACAAGAGAAGGCAUAGUUGAGUUAGGGGACACUCAAGUGGCCAGAGAAGUCCACCAACAGCGAGCACUUCGGGGACGUUCCGGCUGGAUUAGCAUUUAAAUGACAGAAGGCGGAUUGUCACUUUUUGCCGCAGGACACGGAAAAUCCCUCGGACAGUCGAUUAAUUUGUGGUGAUAAUGACCGUGUUGUCUUGUUGAUCCCCCUUCACGCCUAUUCAGAGUGCCGCCUUUUCUGUUCUAUAGUCCGGCGAACGCGGACGAUUGAGAACAUGAAUCUGCAUGUGUAUUAGGGCUGUGGUUCGGCCAAUCACAACCCCGGACUCCUGCCGCACAAAGGCAUUUAGUCUCGGGUGCCCAUCUGCUUCGGGUUCGAUACCGACAGCGUCAGGGCGACAACAGAAGACUGGAUCGGCCGGGCUCUGCCCAGUGGUGGUGAAAACUGUGGAAUCUGUCGUCGCGAGAGGGUUUCCCAGCCAGCGGAGUGGGUGCUGGGCAGUUUUACGAGGGAGUGCUUGUGACGUCGGCCGAGUGCAAUAGCAGAGAGCUUGCCAGGGAGGAGGAUGGGGCUGUUAGCGCGGGCGCUACUGCUCUUCUGUCUCCUGGAGGUUGUGGUGUCGCAGAGAGCUGACAGAACCAGCAUACGGCAUCUACUGAUCGGAGACCUGGACGAGCACCAGGAAUGUAAUUACGACUGUACACUGGAGAUGAAGAGAACGGUUUGCGGCACUGACGGCAGGACGUACAACUCUCGCUGUGAGAUGCAGCGGGCGAGAUGUCAAACUGGGAGGAGCAUCGAGGUGCAGCACAGGGGGAAGUGCAAAGACGCGGGGCGGUGCCACCGCGAGCGGUCUCACGCCCAGGAGCUGGACCGGCGGCCCAUGGUCGGCAUCUUCAUCCCGGAGUGUAACGAGGACGGCAGCUACGCCGAGGUGCAGUGCCACACGUCCACCGGCUACUGCUGGUGCGUCACCCGCGACGGGAAGCCCGUGCCCAAUUCCUCCGUUCGGUACCAAACGCCUACGUGCUCAGGUAUGGGACAAGGCACAUUCGAGGAGUUCAAGGAACCGCGGCAAGGUCGAGACGGAAGACAAAGACGCCCAACACGAGGACGGAAAGGAUCCAAAGAACAAACCGUUCCUGUGUCUCCCGCAGGAUGCGGCACGGAGGAGCGCGGCGAGUUCAACGACAACCUGAUCGACUAUUUCGAGUCGGAGUAUAACCGCCUACCCACUCCGCUCCCCGGGGCCUCGGCGCUGGACAUCCUCCCCUUCCCCACACAGCAGGCCCCGCUCAACCUGGACUCCUCCGCGUCCAAGGAGCGCCGCGUUCUGGACUGGAAAUUCAGCCAGUUGGACUCCGACAACGACGGUGAACUGGACAGAAAGGAGCUGAAAUUACUGCGGAGAACGGUGAAGAAGGCGGUGAGGCCGCGGGCUUGCGCCAGGACCUUUACUAAAUAUUGCGACAUGGACAAGAGUAAAAAGGUGUCCAAGAAAGAGUGGUCAGUGUGUCUCGGAGUCCCAGAUAUCCCCUUCCAUUUGUUCCUGACGCUGAACGCAGAGGACCACACCACGGCGCCCACACGUGACCUCCAGCCGGCUCCACAAGUGAUGGACGCUGCUGCCCCAGCUCUCUCCAACAAACAGAUCACCAAGCGACAACCUACAGUCAGCAACAGAACCGCUGCCGCUUUAGUGAAAGGCUGUGAGCUGGACCGCCAGAAGGCUCUGGACGACCAGAGACGGAGUCCUCCGGGCACGGGCCUGUACAUCCCGGAGUGUAACCCUGACGGUAGCUACAAGUCUGAGCAGUGCCACAAGGACACUGGGUACUGCUGGUGCGUGGUUCGGUCCACAGGCCGACCCAUCCCGGGAACAUCCACCCAGCACAGCAUGCCGGACUGCGAGGGGGCCGAGGGGAUGAUGCUGAAACCAGAAGUGUCCGACCCAAUGUCCGUAGAGAGGAAACCUGUGACGCCCUUACCACCGAGGGAGUUUAAAGAGUGUCCAGGCGCCGCCAAAGACAGGUUCAACACGGUUCUGCUGGACGCACUCAGUACGGACAUGGUGGAGGCCGCCCCCGACACCACGGGAAGGAUCCCUGAGCCAGACCCGACCCACUCUCUCGAAGAGAGAGUUGUCCGGUGGUACUUCUCCGUGCUGGACAAGAACAGCAACGGCGAGGUGAACAAACGGGAGAUCAAAGUGCUGAGGCAGUACGUGCGCAACAAGACCAGACCCAAGAAGUGCAGUCGGAACUUCAUAGACUACUGCGAUGCAAACCAAGAUCAAAUACUCACUUUGGAUGAAUUUCUGAGGUGUACAAUAGAAAAAGAUAACACAAAUUCAACAAGUAAUCCAGCGUCAGCCAAUUCCGGUCGGCGAAGAGGGCCGAACCCUUUUAGUGAGUAUGGCCAGUGGACAUUUUCGCAGUUGGCAGGUUGAUGUGAGUCCUCCUGAUGCUGGAACCAUGGAUACACAACUGCUUAUCGUUUCCAUGGCAACAGAUGUUGUCAAGGAUACCAUCUUCCCCCAGAUAAAUGAAAACUGUACACAAUACAGCUAUCCAUGUUACUAAAAUCUAGGUGUGGGGUCCAUUACAAACUGGUCUAUAGUAUGCAUACUUUGUGAAAUCUCUAUGCGAUGUUGCCUAUGUGUAUGUAUUUUGGAAAGAUUAUUAUUUUUACUUGGUGAUAGUGUGUUUGUAGGGUAGCUAACAAUUGCGUGAAUAGAUGGAUUUUGUCAUGUUUGAGGAUGUGUGUGGCCACUACUACAGUAAUUUUACAUGUAAGAUACUCUUGAUAUAUAAAAAUUGAAUAUAUAGUUGUAAAACAUUAAACCUUUGAUCUACUGAAUGAAUUGAAGCAAAUGCAAGGCUAGACAAAAGCAAUCUUCUCAUACUGCCUGAGCUAUAGUCAAGCCUGGGUGACAUGCCUGGCAGACAAACAGGACACAGCACAUUUCCCCACUUUUGCACAAUUGUUUUAUCAUUAAGAAAUUGCUAUUGUAAAAUAUUUACAAUUAUCACUUCACUGCUAUCUGAACCCCUCCAAAAGCUCAUACGGGUAGUAUUUUAGCACAAUCGAAAGAUUACUGCAGUUACAUACACAUGAAAUAGGACCUUAUUAUCUUUGUCAAAUAUGUUUUGGAAUUCUUGGCUUCAAAAAGUUUGUUUUUAAAUGACAAUGUAUAAAGGGCAGGUAGCUGGUUAUGUGUCUAACUUUGUAAAUAUGGUGACACCUUGUGGGCUUGUAGAGAAUAUGUAAAAACUCCAUGGUACAUGUCGCAUAUCCUAACGUAUUGUAUCUCUGUGCCGCCAUUAAAUUACAUGCUAAAAAACAGACAGUGUUU